AUGCUUGCCUGGCUCCACGCCCAACCAUGGUACCAGGACUACGUUGCCGCCAACACCGGCGAGGCGAUCCUCGUGCUCGCCCAGGUGUUCAACGCGGUGAUGAUCGCGACGUGCAAGCUCCUAGAGACCGACCCCGACGCCGUCCAGACGUUCAACCCGUUCCAGAUCUUGUUUGCCCGCAUGUUCAUUACCUACGUGUGCUGUCUCGUCUACAUGGGGGUCACUAAGUGUGUCGCCGAGUACCCGUUUGGCCCGGCCAACCUCCGCAAGUUGUUGCUUGCGCGGGGGUUCUUUGGGUUUUUUGGCGUGUUUGGCCUCUACUACAGUUUGCAAUACCUUAGUAUUAGCGAUGCCGUCGCCAUUACGUUUCUUGUGCCCAUGGUUACGGGGCUCUUGGCGUGGGUGUUGAUCCACGAGCGCUACCUGUGGACAGAAGCCGGGUGUGCCCUCGUCUCCUUUUUCGGAGUGGUGCUUAUCGCUAAGCCAGCAUUUAUCUUUGGCACCACCGAGGAUGAGGCUGGCGACACUUCGGAAAAUCCCGAAGACGACUCCGUCGAGCUGCUGAGCUCGUCGCUACGCCUUCUCGCCACCAGCGUCGGCCUUUUGGGAGUGAUGGGAGCGCUGACGGUGUACGUGAUCUUGCGUAAGAUCGGCAUGCAAGCCCACCCGCUUCUUUCAGUGCUGUACUUCUCGUUGAUGACGUGCGUGGUGCUGUGUAUUGCCAUCGUGGUGGUGCCGGCGUACUCGUUCCGUUUGCCCGAGCUGGGGUACCAGUGGUUCCUCUUUAUGCUCAUUGGCUUUCUGGGUUUUAUCAUGCAGUUCUGCUUGGCCCUGGGGGUCCAGCGAGUGAGAGCGGGGCGAGCGCUGAUGAUGAGCUAUAGCAAUAUGGUGUUUGCCCUUAUAUUGGACGCGGUGUUGUGGCACCACUUGCCGGGGCUCUUGCUGAUGCUCGGCAUCUCGCUCAUCAUCGGCAUGGCGGUGGUGGUGCUUCGCCACAAGGCCGCCGACGCCGUGGUCGACGACCCCGAGGCCAAGGAUAUCCCCUUGAACGUGUUUACCGACGACGAGGUCGACACCACCCUCUGA